AUGGCUGACGACACUAAACAUUCAAACAGGUAUCUUCCUUGUAAUUCUGAUCGACGAGUAGCAACUUUAGCACGUAAAAGAAAAGAAUUCGAAGAUAAUGAAAAUCCAGAAAUUUAUGAUCCAAGUAAUCUUCCCAAAGAAGCAUUAAAUAUUAUUGAAGCAUAUAGUUUUGGUGUUUAUCUAAAUUACUAG